GCAAUAAUGUAGUUUUUUUCUGCUUUGCUUUGCUAUUGUAAAAAAAAAAAAAAAAAAAACUUUUAAAAGUGUAACUUAAAUAUUUACAUAGAGCAAUCUUUUAAGGAAAAAAAAGUUUGGAUAUUAUAACCGGGGGAUGCCGCUUUAACAGAUAAGACGAGACACACGACUACACAACUCCCUUCGCUUCCUGCUCCUUCCUUCACUCCCAAUUCCCACCGUCUCCGACGCCGGCGACAGUCUCACUUUCACCGCCGCUUCACUACUUUCUCUGUCACCUUGGUUGAACAUCAAACGGAACAAAGGACCGCUGUAAUUUGAAGAGGAGGAUGGAGGGAGGACCCUUGGUAUUGAGUCAAUGCAGUAGCAUAAGUAGCUCAAAAUUUCAGUCUAGUCUUAAUCAGCAUCCUUCAAUAUCUUUUUGGCCUCACCGACAAACUUCCCUUUCUCGCUUUAGUUUUAGUUCGAGUUCUAGUUCAAUUAGCAGCAGUGCAGGCAGUAACAUUUGCCAUCCUAAGAACCUGAAACCCUGGUUGAGAAGAGAAGUUAAAAGCCAGCACUUGGUGUCUGGGGCUGGACCGGUUACCGUAAAGGAAAUUGAUACUUCAUCAUCAUCUUUGGCAAGUGGUAAAAAUGAUGACACAUAUACAUUGCCCAGAAUGGAUAAGAAUGGAAGGUUUUGCAGUCCAAGAGCUGCUCGGGAGCUUGCCUUGUUGAUUGUAUAUGCUUCAUGUUUAGAUGGGCAUAAUCCAGUUCGUUUGUUUGAGAAGCGAAUGAAUGCCCCUAGAGAAUCUAGGUACGUCUUCAACAAGAACUCCUUACUUCAAUAUGAUCACACAAGGUUUGGAGGACCCCCUGUUAUCACCUCCUCCGUUGAGGAAGCUGACCAACAUCUCAGUGAACUUGAAGCAGAAUCAGCUAUUGAAGCAGAAGUUCUAUCAGCUCCUCUGAGGUUGGUAUAUAGCAAACUGCUUCUGAGAUUCACGAAGAAACUAUUAGGUGCAGUGGUGGAUAAUUGGGAUAACCAUGUCCUCGUGAUUGAUAAAGUAGCACCAUCAAAUUGGAAGAAUGAGCCAGCUGGAAGAAUUUUGGAGUUCUCAAUUCUUCAUUUAGCAAUGUCCGAAAUAUCUGCAGUUGGAACACGACAUCAAAUUGUUAUCAAUGAGGCUGUGGAUCUUGCAAAACGGUUUUGUGAUGGUUCAGCACCUCGCAUAAUAAAUGGCUGUUUGAGAACCUUUGUCCAAGAACAAUCAUGAAAAGUGCAAUUCAUGAACAAGAUGCAUAUAGUAAUUUUCAGAAGAGGGUAUAAUUCCUCCCACCUUCUGAUGAAAGUUAGACACUGCUCGUGGAAGGAACUUGUAUAGCUGAUUGUUUUGGGUUUUCUCCAUAUAGCAUUUUGUGCUCUUCAAGGCUUUAUUUGUUGUUCUUUCCUUUGCAGAAUGUAACUGAACUUCCCACAAUGUCUAGGAAAAAAAAAAAAAUAAAAAAUUAUAUAGUAGUGCUGUAGUAAUGUAGUGCAGAAUCCAGAGAAUUUUCAACUAGCCCAAUCCAUCGGUUUUUGAAAAGGGUGACCAUGAUUCGCUGUUGUCCAUAAACACUUUAAUGUGCUAUUAUUGAGUAAAUGAAAUUAACAUGUUUCCUUUUCA